CCAACUCCCCACAUCCACCACAGGCAUCACUGCAGGUUCUCGCCCUUUGCCGUGCGGCCAGCACCAUGUGGCGGCUGGCCUGGGCCCUGUUCCUCCCAGGUGCCCUGGGCAGCUGCCAGCACCCCGUGGAGAUGCCUGCAACACUGCUGGCCUGGCCAGGCUCCUGCCUGCAGAUCCCAUGCCGCUACCAGGCCUGCUUCACCCCCUUCAGCAGUAGCACCCCAGGGCUUGUGCAGACCCUCGUCUGGUACCACAACCCCCGCUGGGACCCCAAGACCCGCAGCCACAAGGGCACAGAGCUGGCCCGGAUCGAGGCCGCUGCACAGUCGGUCUUAGCCUCCAAUGUCUCCUUCCUGGGCAACCUCGAGAGUAACUGCAGCCUCCUCAUCUGGGAUGUGGGGGUUGGGGACAAUGGCACCUACGGGGUCUGGGUCAAUGCCUCCCGCCCCCAAAAGAAGCCGGUGAAGGCAAAAGAGGAGCAGCACCAGCGGUGGAUGGAGAAAAUUGAGGUGGAGGUGGCAGCGGGCCGCCCCACGCUCCGCCUUGAGGGUUCGGGGCAGCUGCGGGAGGGGGCCCUGGCCCAGCUGCGCUGCUCCAUGCCCCACCACUGCCCCCCGCGGCCCCUGAGCCUGGCCUGGGGGGGCCUGGAGGGCCUGCGGGGGACACGGUCCCAAUCCUGGGCCCGGCUGGACACAGGCGGCGCUGAGACUGUGGCCCAGCUGGACCUCACCCCCCAGCGUGGGGACCACGGCCAUGUCCUCACCUGCGCCCUGGAUGCCCCCGGUGCCCCUGCCGCAAGCCUGAAGCUGCACGUGCUCUACCCGCCGAGCAACGUGACACUGACGGCGAUGCCAGGGCCAGUGGUGACCGAAGGGCAGUCUGUGCGGCUGCGCUGUGACGUGCUCGGGGGUGCCAACCCCGCCAUCUCCCAGUACCGCUGGACCCGGAACUGGGAAGUCCUGGAAGAGAAGAGCCCUCAGCUGGAAUUCACAGCCCAGGUGCCUGGUUCCACUGGCACCUACUGCUGCACAGCCCAGAACGAUGAAGGCAAGGACACAUCCCCCGGCCUCAACCUCCGAGUACAGUAUGCCCCGCGGGCUGUGGUGGUGAUGCCGGAGACAGUGUUGCCUGCGCACGCGGGGGCACCUGCAGCGCUGCUCUGCUCCUGCCAGGCUGAGCCACCGGCCGCCAAUUUCCACUGGUUCCGGGAAGGGCAGGAGCUGCCGGGGCAGGAUCAGGCCCAGCUGCAGCUGAGCCCGGCCCAGCCCAAGGAUGCCGGCGCCUAUGUGUGCCAGGCCCAUAACAGCCUUGGCACCGCCCGUUCUGCACCCUUUGACCUCGUUGUGCUGUACCCUCCGGAGGCCGUGUGGCUGACACUGGAGCCUGAGGGGCAGGUGCUGGAGGGCACGGGUGUGCGGCUGAGCUGUGCCGGGGGGGAUGCCCGCCCUGCACCCACCUGGGCCUGGUACCGCGAUGGGCGGCCCCUGCCACUCCACCUGCCUGGGCCCAUGCUGGAGCUGAGUGUUGGCCCCCAGCACCGUGGUGCCUACUUCUGUGAGGCCCAAAACAAGCUGGGCACCACCCGAUCCUUCCCUGCUGCCCUCGAUGUGCUCUUCCGGCCAAGGGAGGUGCAGGUGGAGCUGCAGGCAGGGAGGAGGGUGCUGGCCGGGACCCCUGUGGAGAUGCGCUGUGCCGUGGGCAGUGCUCAGCCCCCACCCACCACCUUCACCUGGUUCCUUGACAAUGCCACACUGGGCCCCCCUGGCCCCGAUUCAGCUCUGCACCUGCCCCAUGCCCACCCCCACCAUGCUGGGCACUAUCACUGUCGUGCUGAGAACAUCGCUGGCGCCACCAACAGCUCCUCCUGCUUCCUCAGCAUCUGGUACCCUCCACAAGCAGUGCGGUUGUUGGCGGAGCCGGGCGGGCGCCUGGUGGAGGGGGGCGCUGCGACGCUGCACUGCGAGGCCAAGGCGUGGCCCCACCCCCACCGCUACGACUGGUACCGCGAUGGGGUGUGGCUGGGCUGGGGGGCGGACCCAGCCUGGCCUUUGCCCCGCCUCCAGCUUCAAGCCACUGGGACCUACCACUGCCGGGCCACCAACCAGGUGGGGGCCACCGACGGUCCCCACCUUGUCCUCACCGUGCACUACAGCGCAGCCACCAUGGGGCGCAUCACGGCCGUGACCUUGGGGGGCAGCUUGGCCCUGCUCAUCAUGCUGGGGGCGCUGGUGCUGGGCCUGCGGCGCUGGAGGAAGCGGCAGCAGGUGCCCAACGACAUUGUCCCGGUGGUCGGGGGUCAAAGGUCAUUCCGGGUCAAGCGCAAGAAGGUGCGGCACCAAGAGGGCGGAGCCAGGCUGGGGUUCCGCCCCUCGGGUCCCCCAGGGACCCCUGACGACGCCCUCAACUACUCAGAGAUCCAGUUCCCCCCUGGCUCCCAUGACGGGCCGGCCGCCUCCCCCAGGAUGCUGCGGGGCGACACUGUGGUCUACAGUGUCCUAAAAAAGCCGGAUGGGCCCCAGAAGGCCGAGGCACGGGGCGACUACGAGAAUGUGGGGCCAGCCGAGGAGCCCGAGCUCCAUUAUUGCUCCCUGGUGCUGCCUGUACGCCCUGUGCGCCGCCCUGACCCCGCCUGGGACUCGGACUCGGACUCAGGGGGCAGCGUGCAGUACGCUGCCCUGCGGCACUGAGCACCCUGCACCCAUCUCUGGGGGGCACUGCGGGACCCUGGCCCCAUAGAACAGCUGCCUGCAGAGCCCGGGUGCCCGGCUGUGGCUGAAGGAUGGAGAACCUAGGCGUCUGGGAGAACGCUGCCAUAUAACAUUGCCUGAGAGAGCUCCAUCUGGCCUGAGAUGCACCCAGCUCUGGGAUGGAACGGCCAGAAGCAGCUGCAUAUAACAGCCCAGGUGGGCUUGAUUGGGCCCAAGAUGCACUCAGCUCUGAGGUGGAACAACUGAGAACAGCUGCAUGUAACAGAGCUCAAGAAAGCGUGAUCAGGCCCGAGUUGCGCCCAGGUCUGGGGUGGAAUGACCUGGAACAGCUGCAUCUAACACAGCCCAGGAGGGCUUGAUCAGACCCAACAUGCACCCAACUCCGGGGUGGAACGGCCAGAAACAGCAGCAUAUAACAGAGUCCAGGACAGCUUGAAUGAGCCCAAGAUGCGUCCAGCUCUGGGGUGGAGCUUCUGGGCCCCGGGCCCACCAUGCCCACCCCGGACUGGCUGGGCCUGUGUGUGAACGCAGGGGCAGCCGCCUUGGGCCUGCCAGCGGCCGGUGCUGCCCUGUUCCACCUGGCCCGGCUCCCCCCAAGCCCCAGCCGCAUCUACCGCCUGCACCUGCUGCUGGCCGACCUGGCGCUGGGUCUCUGCUUACCCCUGCGUGCCCUGGAAGCCGCCUGGCCUGGCUGGGCCCCGCCGGGCCCCCUGUGCCCCCUGGCCACCCUUGGACACCUGGGUUCCCUCUACGCCGCCGCCUGCUUCUCAGCCGCUCUCAGCGCUGGGCGCUGCCUGGGCGCCGUCUACCCGCUGCUGUACCGGCGCUACCGUCAGCCCCGCUACUCCUGCUUCAUCUGCGGGGGGCUCUGGGGGGUUGUGGGGGCCCAUGGUCUAGCCCUGGUGGCCCUCGAGACCCCCUCCACCUCCAAUGGGACCCUGGCCUCAGUUUGCCCAUCUGUGCCGCGCUUGGGCCUGCGCCUGGAGCUAUCCAUGCUGCUGUACUUCAUGCCGCUGGUGCUGGCGGCUUUCUGCACAGCUGGCUGCCUCCAGGCCCUGGCACGGUCCCGCCUGGGCUGGCGCCGUAAGCUGCGGGCCGCCCGCGUAGCGCUGGCCUCACUGGCCCUGCUGCUAGUCGCCUCGGGCCCCCACAACGUGGCACACGUGGUGGGCUUUGCCCAGGGCCAGGAUGUGGCCUGGCACCACCUGGCGUUGCUGCCUGCUGCUGCCACUGCUGUGCUGGACCCACUGUUGGGCCUUGCGGCUGAGGGACGGGGAGCUAGGAG